GCGUUGUCACGUUCUUCCGGAAACGAAUUAACAACAUUGCUGAAGAAAGAUGGCAGAGAUCGAAGAGGACGAGCUGGAAAAGCUCGAAUAUUUGUCUUUAGUGUCUAAAGUUUGUACAGAACUUGACAAUCAUUUAGGAAUCAGCGACAAGGACCUUGCUGAGUUUGUAAUCAGUCUUGCUGAGAAAAACCCAACUUUUGAUGGAUUCAAGUCAGUACUUGUUAAAAAUGGUGCAGACUUCACAGAUUCACUCGUCGGCAACUUACUUCGUCUCAUUCAAACCAUGCGCCCUCCUGUGAUAGCAUCUACCAGUAAAGACUCUUUGCCUGUGGUUAAGUCAAAGAGUGAAAAAGACAAGUUGAAGGAAUUGUUUCCAGCUCUGUGUAGACCUGACAAUCCUAGUACCAGGUCUUUGCUGGAUGAGGAUGAUGUGAAAGUUGCUGCUGAUGCCAUGAAAGAGCUGGAGAUGUUUAUGCCCAGUGUUAGUUGUUCAGACACUAGCAGCAGCAAACACAGAAGCAGCAGCAAGAAGAAGCGGAGGAGCAGGAGCAGAAGUCGCAGUCGAAGCAGAGACAGGGAUAGAGAGAGGGACAGGGACAGAAGACGCCGCCACCGCUCUCGUUCCCGAUCCAGGUCCCGCUCUAAUGAGAGAGACAGGAGGAGGCGCAAGAGCCGCUGGCACUCUCGCAGCAAGUCUAAGAGUCCUGCACGGGUAGACCGAGAUAAGGGUUCAGACCGUUGGAAAGACAAACAUGUGGACCGGCCCCCACCAGAGGAGCCAUCUUUGGGGGAUAUCUACAAUGGCAAAGUCACCAGCAUCAUGCAGUUUGGCUGCUUUGUGCAGCUGGAAGGUCUUCGGAAACGCUGGGAGGGCUUGGUCCACAUUUCAGAGCUUAGAAGAGAGGGUCGUGUGGCAAAUGUGGCAGAUGUGGUCAGCAAAGGCCAAAGGGUCAAAGUCAAGGUGUUGUCCUUCACAGGAUCCAAAACCAGCCUCAGUAUGAAGGAUGUUGACCAGGACACAGGUGAAGACCUGAACCCUAACAGGAGAAAGAACGUGGGUAAAGAUGGUCAGGAAGAGUCUGCUAUGAGAAACCCUGACAGACCCACCAACCUCAACCUAGGCCAUGCUCCAGAGGUGGAGGAUGACACGUUGGAACGCAAAAGACUCACCAAGAUCUCAGAUCCAGAGAAGUGGGAGAUCAAACAGAUGAUCGCUGCCAAUGUGUUGUCUAAGGAGGAAUUCCCAGACUUUGAUGAAGAGACAGGAAUUCUGCCUAAAGUAGAUGAUGAGGAGGAUGAAGACUUGGAGAUUGAGCUGGUGGAAGAAGAGCCUCCAUUCUUGAGGGGACACACCAAACAGAGCAUGGACAUGAGCCCUGUCAAGAUUGUCAAGAACCCUGAUGGAUCUCUCUCCCAAGCAGCCAUGAUGCAGAGUGCCCUGGCCAAAGAAAGACGGGAGGUGAAACAGGCCCAGCGGGAGGCUGAGAUGGACUCAAUCCCCAUGGGCCUGAACAAACACUGGGUGGACCCGCUGCCUGACGCUGAUGGCAGACAGAUAGCAGCCAACAUGAGGGGCAUAGGUAUGAUGCCCAACGACAUCCCAGAGUGGAAGAAACAUGCCUUUGGUGGCAACAAGGCCUCCUAUGGAAAAAAAACUCAAAUGUCCAUUCUAGAGCAAAGAGAGAGUCUUCCCAUCUACAAGCUGAAAGAGCAGCUCAUUCAGGCUGUCCAUGACAACCAAAUCCUGAUUGUGAUUGGGGAGACGGGAUCAGGGAAGACUACUCAGAUCACUCAGUACCUAGCUGAGGCUGGAUACACAACAAGGGGGAAGAUUGGAUGCACACAACCCAGAAGAGUGGCGGCCAUGUCUGUGGCUAAAAGAGUGUCAGAGGAGUAUGGUUGCUGUUUAGGUCAAGAGGUGGGCUACACUAUUCGUUUUGAGGACUGUACGAGUCCAGAGACAGUCAUUAAAUACAUGACAGAUGGUAUGCUGUUAAGAGAGUGUCUGAUUGACCCUGAUCUGGGCCAGUAUGCCAUCAUUAUGUUAGACGAGGCCCAUGAGAGAACCAUCCACACAGAUGUGCUCUUUGGUCUGCUCAAAAAGACUGUGCAGAAGCGAACUGACAUGAAGCUCAUUGUGACAUCUGCUACGCUGGAUGCUGUGAAAUUCUCACAGUACUUUUAUGAGGCGCCUAUUUUCACUAUUCCUGGUCGCACAUACCCAGUGGAGGUUUUGUACACUAAAGAACCUGAGACUGACUAUCUGGAUGCCAGUCUGAUCACAGUCAUGCAAAUCCACCUCACUGAGCCUCCAGGUGACAUCUUGGUGUUCCUUACGGGUCAAGAGGAGAUUGACACAGCUUGUGAGAUUCUGUACGAGAGAAUGAAAUCCCUUGGGCCUGAUGUCCCAGAGCUCAUUAUCCUUCCAGUAUACUCUGCCCUGCCCAGUGAAAUGCAGACCAGGAUUUUUGAUCCAGCACCACCUGGAAGUAGAAAGGUGGUCAUUGCUACUAACAUUGCUGAGACUUCUUUGACAAUUGAUGGGAUCUACUAUGUGGUGGAUCCAGGUUUUGUCAAGCAGAAGGUUUAUAAUUCCAAAACCGGCAUUGAUCAGCUGGUGGUUACUCCGAUCUCUCAGGCCCAGGCUAAGCAGCGGGCGGGCAGAGCCGGUAGAACUGGGCCUGGCAAAUGCUACAGAUUGUACACUGAACGUGCCUACAGAGAUGAGAUGCUCACCACCAAUGUGCCUGAGAUUCAGCGAACCAACUUGGCCAGUACUGUACUGUCUCUCAAGGCAAUGGGCAUCAAUGACCUGUUGUCAUUUGACUUUAUGGAUGCUCCACCCAUGGAGACACUUAUCACUGCCAUGGAGCAGCUCUACACUCUGGGAGCACUGGAUGAUGAAGGUCUGCUCACGCGCCUUGGUCGUAGGAUGGCUGAGUUUCCCCUGGAGCCCAUGCUGUGCAAGAUGUUGAUCAUGUCUGUUCAUCUUGGCUGCAGUGAAGAGAUGCUGACCAUUGUGUCAAUGCUCUCAGUACAGAACGUGUUCUACAGACCAAAGGACAAACAGGCUCUGGCAGACCAGAAGAAGGCCAAGUUUCACCAGCCUGAGGGAGACCACCUGACUUUGUUGGCCGUCUAUAACUCUUGGAAGAACAACAAGUUCUCCAACCCCUGGUGCUAUGAAAACUUCAUCCAGGCAAGAUCUCUCAGACGCGCUCAGGACAUUCGCAAACAGAUGCUGGGCAUUAUGGACAGGCACAAGCUGGACGUAGUAUCAUGUGGUAAAGCCACAGUGCGUGUACAAAAGGCAAUCUGCAGUGGUUUUUUCCGGAAUGCAGCCAAAAAGGACCCCCAGGAAGGAUACAGGACCCUUAUAGACCAGCAGGUGGUGUACAUCCACCCAUCUAGUGCAUUGUUCAAUCGCCAACCAGAAUGGGUGGUAUACCAUGAGCUUGUGUUGACCACUAAGGAAUACAUGAGGGAGGUGACAACCAUUGACCCGAGGUGGCUGGUUGAAUUCUCUCCAGCUUUCUUCAAAGUGUCCGAUCCCACACGCCUCAGUAAGCAGAAGAAACAGCAGAGGUUGGAGCCCCUCUACAAUCGCUACGAGGAACCAAAUGCUUGGAGAAUCUCCAGAGCCUUCAGACGACGCUAGAACGUUCUCACAAGGUCCUUGUGGAUUGCGAGUGUCUGAUACUCCUGCUGACCGAAGCAAAGACUGGGGACAGAGUGGAGGAUAACAUGGACAGAUACUAAACAUUUUGCUUAAAACCCUUCUUUCUGUAAGGGCCCAUUUGUAGGCGCCAUAUGUUCUAAGAUCCCACCCAGUACUGUGAACCACAUUUAAAUUUGAAAGGGAAGUUCCCUCAAAAUUCAAGCUGAUCUGAUUUUAUGCUUGUACUCUGUGAGGUUUCAAUCAAAAAGCUUUUGAUUUUACGUUUUGCAAUUUUCUUUUUUACCAUGCUUUAUAGUUAAUUGGCUUUACACUAAGAGGAAAAAAUUCUUUAUUGACUGCAGAACCAAAUAACAAAUUAGAAAGGGUUAAUAUUUAUAAUAACCUUCCAUAACAAUAAUAAUCCUACAAUGCAUGCUAAAUCCAGUCAGUUAAAUUUUUGGACAAGCUAUUCCUUUAACACAGAUGCCCAACAGAUCAUUUUAUGUAUUUCUAUAAUGCAGCUGGUUUUCAUCCAUUGAUACAUUUGUCAUUGAUUGUGUUAAUAGCACAUUCAUCUCUGAAAAUCUUUUUUUUUUUGGUAUGCUGUCAGUGAAUGUUGACUGACUUGUGCAGAGGAAAAGAGUUUUGAUUAAUACAUUUAUCUAAAGCAGGGAGGUUUGUUCAUGUUAAAAUGAACAGGACGUUUGAGUCACUUUCCCUAUCACACACAGAUCUCAUCCUUAUUAGGGACUCCUCUUCGGUUUAAUGUUUAAUCUGUGGAUUCGGCACAGGUAUUGGAUCACAGUGGAAGUUUUGUAUCGCGCUUUUAUUAAGGGAAACAAUGGGGGGGUGGAAUUGACCAACAGUUUUGAUAUUGUUACAGCUUAUGUUAUGUCUUUCUUGGGAUCAUUUUCAUGUCAUAUUAAAAUAAACUCUUAAAAAGGCCCAUUGGGUUUGUAGUGUUUA